CAAGCCCCUUUCGGGUCCAGGAGGGGCCCUUGAGGGCGGCGCACUUGAAAGGGGCGCAGCCGCCCCGAGCCGCGGGGCGGGCCAUGUCGUCUUCAUUCCGAGGGUUGUGAGGAUCAAGACCCGCCAGUAGAAGAUGGCGACAAAGGUCGGGAGGCGCGAUUUCUUCGACAAGGUCGUCAUGGGAAAGGCUUCUGAAAGCCAGGAAGGAUGCGAGGUGAAGAUGGACGUCAUCAGCACGUCAUUGUGCACUCUCGCAAGCAUCGUCGGUGCUGUGUUGAUCAAGACCCGCCUGGAGAAGAUGGCGGACAAGGUGCUCUGGCAGUCCAGACGCGUGGCGCACGCCGCGCGGGGCCGAGGUUCGGGUGGCGCAUGCUGCUUGGGCCCGGCAGCACCGGAGGCAAAAUGCAUGGAAAAGGUAUUCGGCGAGCUCGUGGAAUUCGGUAAGGUUGCGAGUCACGAACCGUCGUAGAUGGCUCCUGAGUCGCCAGGCUCGAGUGGGUGAGCACCUACCUCACUUAGGCGAGGGGGUUGGCACCUGCCUUUUCUCCGCGCUGUCGAGGCCCCAUUGGGGGCCUUGCAGGCGCGGCUGGGUUCCCUGGGUCGUCCUCGGGGUUCCCGGUUUUCGGCCCUUGGUGGGCCCUCCCUUGGCCCUUUGGGGGGCCUCCGGCGGCCUCCGCUUCUCGCUCCGUCCUGGGCCGGUGUUGACCCCCUCGGGACGCGCGGGGCCGCUUGCCCUGCGCGGCAGGGCCCCCUGGAGUGGGUCCGUAUCAUCAGAGUCCUCAGAGUCCUCCCUCUCAUACACCC